ACCAUCUGCUUACUCUACGUGAAUGUGCCUACACUAAUUCUUUUAUGGGUUGAAUAUUCUAGCGCUCUGUAUCAAAGGAAUUUUGAUCAGAGCUUGAUCCUAGAAAACUGAGGAUAUCUUUGUUGUGACUCUAGAACCAGUUAGUAUUUAUAUUAAAUAUACCUUCUCUCUCCUCGUAUUCCGCGCGAAUUCUCCGCAAUAUACUCCGACAUGAAAGCGGUCAUCCAGAGAGUGAAAUCUGCGUCGGUCACGGUAGACGAGAAACUCGUGUCGUCAAUCGGCCGCGGCUUGCUUGUUCUUGCUGGUGUAGGCAAGGAGGAUACCGAAAAGGACGCAGACACUCUCAUUCAGCGGAUACUGAAGGCCAAGUUAUGGCCUGCCGAAGAAGGCGGCCAAUGGAAAAGGAACGUGCAGGACAUUGAGGGAGAGGUGCUCUGUGUAUCACAAUUUACGCUCUACGGUCAAUUGAAGAAGGGCAGCAAACCAGACUUUCACGAUGCAGCCGACGCAGAGACAGCACGGAAACUAUACGAUUACUUCUUCCGCCGGCUGGGCGAAGCGUACAAACCCGACCGGGUCAAGAACGGUGUCUUCCAGGCCAUGAUGGAUGUCGAACUGAAAAAUGAUGGGCCGGUGGGUGUAGAUUACCGCAGUGAGGAUGCGGCGGUUAGCUUUUGCUCCUCCUCGUACCUCCUCUCCGGUUGAGAAUGUCAAGCCGUGCUGACGAUGAGGGUCAACUUUAGGUCACAAUCGAGAUCAAUACCAAACUGGCGAAGGAGAAGAAACCUGCGGAGGGACAGAAUAAGCCGCAGGGCGAACGGAAAGAUGGAGAGACGCAAACCAUCGAGUUUGAACUACCAGCAUCACUGCUGGA